UUCCUGUCCUGAUCAAGCUGACAUCAAGCAAAAACGGGAGGAGGGCAUAUGGUCCCCGAGCAGAGAGUGUUAACUUCUUGGGCCAUAUAUUAAAGCAGCAGCUGACUCAGUGUUUCAAGAUAUGGGAGUGUGUUCUGCGUGAGAGCUUGCUGUUAUUUGUGGCACUGACAGAAGCAUGCAACUCCUUGCAUAAUGAAAAGCGAAGACUGAAAGGGUUCUUUCUCUGUCUCUAAUAUUCUCUUCGGUGUUACACAACCAUCUGUGGUGGAAGUACCAAAGUGUUAACACAAAAUGGAGUAGACAAAACCCUCUCAAUUUUCCAGGGCACACAGUCAACGUCAUUCUCACUUACAAGUCCAGGGCUGUGUGAUUUCUAGAAACAGCAAGAAAUCUCGAGGAAUCUUGAUAAUAGACAAGAGUGUACUUCAUCAGAAGCUGUUUCCUCUCAAAGUUCCAAGGGAGUCUAAGGGCAUCGUCAGAACAGUAGCUUCAUCUGUCAGCAGUGAGCAUGCUCAGUCCAUGGAGCAGACUCAGUAACAACGAGAGAACAAAAUCUCAUAGGUAGAAUCUCGGAGUGGUGAGUUGAGCCGAGAGAAAAGGUGAAAUGGCAGAAGAGAAGGAGGACCAGGCUUCAGGGGAAAUGCCUCCAGCUGAAGUGUAUUUGAAGACAGAUGACAAACUGAUCCUCUAUCAUUGGACUCAGUCCUUCAGUUCCCAAAAGGUGCGUUUGGUGAUUGCUGAAAAGGGACUGAAAUGUGAAGAGCAUGAUGUAAGCCUUCCACUGAGUGAACACAACGAGCCUUGGUUUAUGCGUUUAAAUGCAUCUGGAGAAGUCCCUGUACUCGUCCACAGAGAAAACAUAAUUUGUGAUGCAACUCAGAUUGUCGACUAUCUUGAAGAAACUUUUGUGAAUGAAAAAAUUCCAAGGCUGAUUCCAGAAGAAGGGAGCAUGUACUAUCCCAGGGUUCAGCACUACAGAGAGCUCCUGGAUUCCUUGCCAAUGGAUGCCUAUACACAUGGCUGCAUUCUACAUCCUGAAUUAGCAGUAGAUUCUAUGAUCCCAGCUUACGCCACAACUAGAAUUCGUAGCCAAAUAGGCAAUACUGAGUCUGAAUUAAAGAAACUUGCAGAAGAAAACCCAGAUCUUCAAGAUGCCUAUAUAGCGAAGCAGAAACGUCUUAAAUCUAAACUGAUGGAUCAUGAUAACAUAAAGUAUUUACAGAAAAUACUGGAUGAGCUGGAAAAAGUUUUGGAUCAAGUUGAGACUGAGCUGCAAAGAAGGAAUGAAGAGACUCCAGAAAAUGGACACCAGCCUUGGCUCUGCGGUCAGUUUUUCAGCUUGGCCGAUGUAUCCCUUGCUGUUACAUUGCAUCGACUGAAGUUCAUUGGAUUGGCAAGGAGAAACUGGGGGAACGGAAAGCGGCCUAACUUGGAAGCCUAUUAUGAGCGUGUCUUGAAGAGAAAAGCAUUCCACAAGGUUUUAGGACAUGUCAACAACAUAUUAAUCUCUGCAGUUCUUCCAACUGCAUUUCGAGUGGCCAAGAAGAGGGCACCAAGGAUUUUUGGCACCACUCUUUUGGUUGGCUUCUUAGCCGGAAUCGGGUAUUUUGCUUUGGUGUGUCUCCGGAGGAGGUUUCCCAAUGUGCUGUCAUCCAUUAGAGCAAGGCAAAGUUAUCUGUAGAUGUUUCUUGCCAAACUGUGAAAGGACCACCAAUUACACCAAGGAUGUAAUGGGCCACAACAUUGUUAUAUAUUAGUACAGGGGUUGCCAACAUGGCACCCUCCGGGUAUGGUUGGACUACAACCCUCAUCAGCCAACUCUCAUGGCCAUUAGUAAGGGAUGAUGAGAGUUGUAGUCCAGCCACAUCAGCGGGCACCAUAUGGCUACCCCAUAUGAGUAGAUUUCUGCUGUCGCACAGGUACUUAUAGAAAUGAAAUCUUGAAGAAAAA